AGAAGCAUAUUUUUCAUAAUGAAUAAUUCAUACAUUAUGAUUACUGUUUGUUUAUUUUUUAUAAGCCAAUAUCAACCGGUUAAAAGCGUCUUUCCAAAAGUAGGGUCUUUGGUUGUAGUUCUAGUUUGAAUUAAAACGGAGAUUUUUAAUUUUCUCUAUUGGAACGUCAACUUUUGUACUAACUAAUAUUGCAAACAAGACAACAACAAAUAAUUUGUGUUAUGCAAACAUUUUCGUUAUGAAUAAAAGAUUUGUAGGCAAAUGCAAAAUAUAUAUGCUUUUGCAAUAAUACUGUUUUCUAUUUUUUGUUGAGGGAUAUUCAAUUGCAUGUUCUUGAAAUAUUACUUUUAGUUUCGUUGUUUGCCACCUUGCCAUUAACAUUUCUUGUUUUUGCAAAAUGGCAUUGCCAUUAUUGCUGUUAUUAGUCCCUUUGUUUUAAGUAAUAAUCAUGCUAGCCAAAUUAAGGUGUAUUUUUCAUGUGAUUUCUAUGCUGUGUUUUGUUUGUGGAUUGAGUCGCGUAAAAUUAGCUAUUAAGUUGAGCGGGGAUCAAGUUGCCGUCGCGUACAAUCGCAACCUUGGAUUAAAGUUGACAUUGUGCAGUUGUGGUCGUUAAUUUUAUGGAGUCAGGGAGAUUGUUUAAUCCAAUAAAUGCGUGAAGAUUCUUUGAACGUUUCGUUGAACUAGGGCUCACGCUUUCGAUAGCACUAUUCAGUGUUAUUACAUUGGUGCCCAGUGUGAGGAGCUCACGACCAUCCAUAACAGAAGCUCUACGUAGCAAGGAAUUUCAGAUGUUGACAGCAGAAAGACGUUACUUGCACUUCUAUUUGCCUAAAAACGAGAAAUGGGACUGAGGAUGUGUUUACAAGGAAAUAAGACAACCAUACUGUAAAAGCAUCCUAGGGCUAAGUUCCAGUACAUUCCUGUACUUGUUUAAAGAAAUCGGGCCAGAAAGAAAGCAAUGUUCCCGCGUCAAAGCAUACAAAUACAGCAAAAUCCGGCCCAGUAUAUCAUUUUUCAGAGAGCAUGGUCAACCUUGUUGCUAGCGCAAAUGGGCUGCAAAGUAUCCGUAUUGAAAGAAAGGACAGUCAAUCAGAACCCAGUUGUCUUUCCAUUGUCUCUUUAUCAGAAAGCAUUAGUACAGGAAUCUUGGCCUAUCAUCGAGAACCAGGCACUGAUUUUUGGAACAGGAGUCUUCUACAAAAUGUUUUUGUCAAAACCUGAAAUGGCAAAUAUGUUCCCGGAUGUCAAAGGCGUUGAGGAUUUAGAUAAUAUGCUUCAACAGCAAAAAUUGUCCGGACAUCCUAGAAUCAUCGUUAACACACUGCAAGAUGCUGUUGCAUCUCUAAAUGAUGCUGGUCUGUUUGUUUCAAAAAUGGAGUAUGUUGGUAGUCUGAUGGUUGAAUUUGCUAUAAGCACAGAACAGCUUAAGAAUGUUGCCAGUGCUGUUGACAGUCAAGUUCAAGACUUGAUUCAUGGGGAGAUUCAUAGCGAUGAGAUAUUACAAGCUUGGAGAGAGCUUUUUUCUUUUAUAUGCGUUCUGAUGAAACGAGGGCAUGAAAAGAAACUUUCACUUAACAAGAAUAAAUGAACGAGUUUACAUUCAUAAGCUUUAGUCGACUUGGCGACGUCAAGAAACUGCUUGGCAACGUCAUCAUUAGGUUCAUUUGUAGAGAAAGAACCAUGGUUGCUAGAUGUUGACAUCGUAAAAGCCUUGGUUAGAACUUCUUGAAUUGAACCAUAUUACUUGAAAGAACUUCAUAAAAUGCUGAUCAAAUGAAACUUUACCGAAGUUAAUUUCACCAGGGCUGUUGUAGAAUUUAAUUUUACAAAGGGUUCUUACUUUAUUUGAAUUUUACUAUUUACCUUUGGUCGUUGAAGGCUCGUGCUUUCAUUCUCGUAUUAAGCCUUUAUGUGCUGCUUUUUAUGUGUUUGUGACAAACAGAGAAGCAGCACAUAAAAGAGGAAAUUCAUCAAAGAUUUAUUGGGGACAUUUUGCUUUCAAAUGUAGGAAAAAAUGAUUAUUUUGGAAAAAGAGAACUUUAGUUGCACCAUGUCCAUAAAGACAUAAAAAGCUAAAGAAUAAUGUCCAUGAGUAAAGGUUCGUCUAACUGCUGAAAAGACACUAAUAUAUGUCCCCAAUAGAAAGUCAUGCCUACUACCAAAUCAGGGAAAAAUUAUUUUUUUUAUCAUAAAGGAAUGUCUUAUUAACACUAAUUAAUAAAUGUUAAGAAGAUCUUUGAAAUUGAGUGUACCUUCGUUCCUUAAAGUUCAACCAAGCAACAGUUAUUGUGGAUCAAUGUGAAAAUAAUUGCCAAGUUAAGGUAGUCAUGUGUAGGCGUGUAGUGUUAUCAAAAUAACAAGGGGAGGGGGGCUCUUGGACAAAAUGUUGCAAAAACAAUAGCAAAAGUAUAAACCAGAAGCUUUUUGGUAUUAAUCAGCCGCCCUAACCCCCUUUCACUACACCUUUGGUCACGUGCUUUAAUCUUUUUAACGAAGUUCUUUUUAGAAAUGUCAUACUUGAUGUAGAUAGCUUUGAUUUUCUUGUAAAACUUAGAAAUGCCAAUCUCUAGAAAACUGAAAUUUUUUGGAAACUCUGAGGAACGGAGGAAUAGCAGAGAUCUAGAGUAAAUAUAUGUAACUUAUAAAUCAAAAACUGUAUGUCUCUUAUUUCAGCAGCUACACCCUUUUUAACAGUUUUGUUCAUAAGAAUAUCUAAAAUAUUACAAGAAUAUUGCUCAGCCUUAGCUAGCUUGCGUAUUUUUGUCUCGUUUUUCAGCAGUUGCCAGUCGAUGUUCUUGAAUGGGAAUAACAGAACGUACAUAUCUUGCUUCUCAAAAAGCGUGGUUUGUAUUCACGAGUGUAGUAUAUUCCCCUUAAAAUGACAAUCCUUUAAGAGUAUAUUAAGGCUCAAAACGAAAAUUUAUUGAGAAUGUCGAGGCUGGAAAGUUUAUAGUUUUCUCGUAAAGAAAAGAGUGUAUGAAUAAAUCCUUGUCAUAAGUAAUUAGUCAAAAAUGAAGUAUUUUGAAAGCAUCCUCUUUUGAUAAUAUACUAUAUUCUAUAAAAAUAGCAAAAUCGACAGUUUUCUCUUAACCACAGGACUUUUAAGUGCUUGUUGUAAAACUUCAAAAUAACUUCUUGAUUAUGGUUUCUUCG